UUCACAGAGUUUCUUGUUUUCAUUUAUAAAAAAAAAAUAUAUCUUUUUUUGUUCGUUCAUUCGGUCAUAUUUGUUGUAACCACAUUAAAACAUCACGAGUCUUAUGAACAAUUAUAUAUUAAAAAUGUGUGCGCUUUUUUCCGUUCUGUUACGGCGAAUAAUUCUUUUAUCAAAAUUGGGAUUACGUUGGAAUUAAAAUGGAUUAAUUAACUCGUCAAAAGGAAUACUACACUACCUGCUUCAUAGCUACAGUCAUCCAUCAACCACAACGCAUUUUUGUGUUUUGUUUUUGGUUUUUUUUUAUUCGUUCAAUUUGAAAUUGUGUAUAAGUGUUUGGAGCACAUCCAAAAAAAUUUGAAAAAUAAAAUAAAAUAAAAACGCCACCACCUACCUGGAUAUAGGAUAGUGUCCCAUUUUAAAAUAAUAAUAAAAAAAAGAGAAAAAAAUUUGCAAAGUGAAUAAAAAAAUAGGUGUGGUGUGAAACAUGCGGAAAAAAUAGAUUUUUCCCAUUAAGGAAAUUUGGUGAAUGUGAUAAAAAAUUUGUCAAAAAAAAAGUUCUUUAAAAGAAAAUCGAAAAAGAGAGAAAAUAAAAAUCAUUAAAAUUUGGUGCAAAUGAAAACCUAAACCCAACCAAAGAAAAUUGGGGUGAAAUAAAGAAUCGUUUCGUUAAUCCAAAGUAGUUCUAAGAAAAGAGGAAAAAAAAACGGUUUUGAUUUCAUUUUAAAGCAACAAUGUUAUUAGUGCUGUAACCAUGUAUCGGAAGUAGCACAUAUGCAAUUCGGGAGGACGUCCUGAAUCGCCUCCAUGAAGAAGUUCAGGCAAAAUGGUACGCGAGACUCGACACCUUUGGGUUGGAAAUUUGCCCGAAACUGUCUGCGAAGAAAAGAUACGGGAUCACUUUAAACGAUAUGGCCGCGUUCAAAGUGUCAAGAUUCUGUUGUCGUCAGCCUUUCAUCCAAAUUUGCUGUUGCCAAAGUCACCACAUUAUGGCCAUAUCAAAGACCAGCAAAUCAACGACAAUCUGGACGUAUCCAGUCUGUUACCAUCUGGCGGAGGCGUUACAACACCUUCCGUUAACUGUGGCAGUAGUGUCAGUAGUAAUAGCAGUAGUAACAGUAGCACAACAUCAAACAACAACAAUAAUAACAACAACAAUAGUAGCAACAACAAUACGAUUAGCAGUAAUAUUACAAGUAAUAGCACGACUAUGUGUACUGCAGCGACAUUGGCAAAUUAUAAUGCAGGCAGUGUAUGCGCAACUGUUGCAUUCAUAGACAUAAAGUCAGCAUCCAAAGCUCACACAGCCGAAAAUAAGUUUGAUGAUCGGCUUCUAACCACCGAAUACUAUGAACCAUCGUCAAUACCAUCGACGUCCGGUGAGAAUUCACCAUCGUCCAAUUGUAGCUCAGGAACCCAGUCAUCGCAACAUUUGCUAUCGUCUCAGCAACAGUUAAUAAAAAUUAAUUCGAAGCAACCAUCAAUAUCGACGACUGUUAAUGAUAAGUCGGUAGCUUUACCAGCACAGUAUUCAGCGGUGGCAACACCACAAACGGCAGUAGUACCAUCGACACAAUUAUCUACCGUUACUGUGCCAACUCGAUUCCCAACACCGAAUCACGGGUCAUCGGAAGAUUUAUCACCAGUAUUUGGAGAUCGAUCAACAUUCUAUGAUCGCGUUCCUCGAGUCAACGACACAUCCGAUCAGUAUGCUCGUCGGUCGAACAACUAUCAUUCGUCAAGUGGUGAUUCAAGGGGCCGUACAAGAGAUAGAUAUCGAAAUGGUUUAUAUUCAUCAACAAUAGAAAGAUCAAAUCCGAUAACUCUUCAUCGAAUAUCAUCUAGUUCUUGGCACGAGAAUUCGAAUCCAUCGCCAACAGCUCGUAGUGUUUAUGGUAAUAUGGCUAGUGCAGUUGUUACGCCAGACGGUUCAUAUGAUCCCACAUUGGAUCGUCGAAUGUCUGAAACGGAUGUAUCCGUCAAAUCGUCAUCGAUAAGCAAGAAAAAAUCACGUUCCGGUUCCGAGUCACCAUGCGGUGGCAGCACUUCAAGUCGAUCUCAUUCUCGAAGUCCAAGUAGUUGUAGUUCAACAAACAGUGCAUCGUCAAAUUCAAACGAAACCGGCAGUCCAGUGUCGGGCAGUGAUCCGUCACGUUCGCGACAUCUACAAUCGGCCGUUUCAACACCAGCUACCAAUUCCUCCAAUUCAAAUCCUGCUGUGCAUUCCGAAGACAAUCGACCGCUCGCCAUAUGCGUACGGAAUUUACCAUCACGAUCGUCGGAUACGUCCUUGAAGGACGGAUUAUUUCAUGAAUAUAAGAAACACGGCAAAGUGACGUGGGUGAAAGUGGUUGGACAGAGUUCGGAACGAUACGCCCUGGUAUGUUUCAAGAAAGCCGAUGAUGUGGAUAAAGCGCUUGAGGUGUCGCACGACAAAUUGUUUUUUGGCUGUAAAAUAGAAGUGGAACCAUAUCAGGGAUUCGAUGUUGAGGACAAUGAAUUUCGGCCGUACGAGGCCGAACUGGACGAAUACCAUCCAAAAUCGACGAGGACGUUGUUCAUUGGGAAUUUGGAGAAGGACAUAACCGCUAGUGAGCUGCGAAGGCAUUUCGAUUGUUUUGGAGAGAUAAUUGAAAUUGACAUUAAGAAGCAGGGUGUGAAUGCGUAUGCAUUUUGUCAGUAUUCGGACAUUAUUUCAGUAGUGAAAGCAAUGCGCAAAAUGGACGGUGAACAUCUGGGUAGUAAUAGAAUCAAAUUAGGUUUUGGUAAAUCAAUGCCAACAAAUUGUGUGUGGAUCGAUGGUAUUUCGGACAAUGUUAGUGAAAAUUAUUUGACCACUCAAUUUAAUCGGUUCGGUUUGGUGUCGCAAGUGGCCACAGAUCGUGAACGAAAAUUGGCAUUAGUGUUUUUCGAGCAAAUUCAAUAUGCUCAAACGGCUGUUAAAGAAAUGCGAGGUGUUACGUUACGCGGACGUAAAUUACAAGUAGACUUUGCAUCUCGUGAAUGCCAGGAUGCUUUUUAUGAUAAACUGGAAAAACAGAGUGGCGGUGUCGGAACGAUCGAACGUGCGAAUACAGUUGCAUUUGAAGCUGGCCGGGAUGCGAGCGCGCGUGGAUUCGAAGCAACAACUGUUGUACCUGGGACUCGAUUUAAUCGUUACGAAAAUGCGACAAGUCGAUCAAGAGCUUCGUCAUUCAGUCGGCAUAGUGCAAGUGGUGCCACAUCGCCAAGCAGUAUCGUCGGCAAUACAACACCGCGGGGCAGCAGGCGUGGACGUUAUGUUGAAUAUCAGGAUGGUGAUACAAUCGAACGGCGCUUAAAAAGUUAUGACGAAUAUAGCCAAGGAUCAGGCGCUUCUCACGAAGACGAUUCGUACACCUACACCAGAGAUCGUCCUGAUUCACCACUAUCUCGUUUGGGCGCUGCUGGAAGCAUUGCUGGUGAUCUAGAUACUGUACCCGUACGGCGUCGUAGUGAAAAAUCGCCAGCAAGUACGUGUGGCGCAGAAGAUGAGUAUUUUAGUAGCAAUGUGAUUGGUAGCGGUAAACAUCGAGUGCAGAGCGUUGUAGUUACAGCCACCGAAUCUCAAUCGACUGGUUUAUUUCCACCGCCCGGUGAUAUUCGACACUUGCAAAAGGAACGUUAUCAUCUGCUCGAACAGUUAGAAGAGUGCCCGUCCAGUGGUGAUGAAUUAGUUAGUCCCUAUAAACGAAUGAAAUUCGAUCAGAGCAUCGAUUCAAUUAGUAGUGUACAAACAAACUUAAUCAGUGACUCUAACUGUGAUCUAAUUCUAAACCAUGCUAAUGAAUCUAAUUUAUUGCUGAUGCACCAUCGAAAAAGUGUGGAAGUGCGGCGUUUGUCCGAUAGUAAUAGUCUUAAACACAUAACUGUUAAUAUCAAUCGUCGACCGUCCACGGAUAAUACCAUCUCCAGACACAGCCGAGAUCCGCACGAUCAUGUGAUAAAUGUAUAUACUCCACAUGCGGUGUGCAAACGAAGAAAAACGGGAAAUUCAAUGAGUGAAAGUGAACAUCAUUCGAGUCGCGGCCGAGGUCAUCAGCUGCAUUCACAUCAUUCUCAUGAAGCGUCUGGUGGUGAGAGUGCCGACGGUUCUAGACCAGGAACGCCAUUAUGUGACGAACGACCCGAAAUUCUACCGAGUGAACCACGACGUCUGCCCAGAGACAGACAACCGAAUAGUGAACCGAUGUAUUUACCACUACCGAAAUUCGCUAUUCAGUUAUACCAUCAAAAUCGGCUGUUUACAUCACAUUCUUCGUUGUCCACCGGCAACGUUUCCUCGCAUACGACAACAGUAGCGUCCUUAGCAAAUCAUACUAGUCUCAAUUCACUUUCAAGUCCUCCUCCUGCUCUGCUUACACGACCAACGACACAGAACAACAUUUCGCUGCAGUCAACCCAAUAUCUGCAACAGCAGCAGCAACAACAAAGCCAGCAACUUUCAUCGUCUCAGUCACAGCACCAUUCACAUCACUACAAUCAAAGUCAUUCCCAGUCCAGCAUUGAACAACCACCAGCAAGUCCAUCGAGAGCAUUGUCGUUGAGUUCAUAUUCUAGUGAUUCGGAUAUGGCCCCAAGCAGUAGUCCAUCGAUAGAAGAACGAAUCAAAACUUUGGAUGAAAUGUUUGAAAAAUGGUCCGGCGGUAAUACGAAUCGGACGCACACGUUCAGCGACGCUUCGAGUAAUACGUCCGCAGGAAACAAUUUCGCUAGCGCACGACACAAAUUUCUCGAUUUGGACGUAAACGAGGUGCAACCGUCAGACAUCCUCAAAUCAGUGCUAGCCAAACCAUCGAUUUUCGACGACGAUUCGAAAAGAUUGGAAAAUAUCGGUGACAAAUAUGAGCCUCGAGAAUUUUCCAAUUUACCAAGAAGUUCAUUGAUGAGCAGUUUUCAAGGUGUUAUAGCAAGUCCUGCAACUCAAGCAACUGUGGCCCAGUCUCAAACUUCAACUUCUAGUAAUUCCAGUACGAUUACGAAACCACAGCCGCUGGUUUUUCAAGCACCUUCAGUUAAUCAAGUGCAUCAACGAAUUAAUUCAUCUCCUAUGAACAGUCCGCAGCCGAUGUCGCCAUACAAUAGUCCAUCACCUACACCGACAUUAGUAGCUACGAGUCAAAAACUUAAUUGCGUUCAAUCUGUUGCUGCAGCGGCCAAAGGAUUACAGUAUCCAUUUCCAAGUCAUCCGCCGGUUGCUACGCCUCCAAUACCGACAGCAACGCCACCAGCAAUACCUCCGACGCCACCUCCACCAGCCACUGAAUGCACUGGACCAACAACAUCGGUUCCGUUAACAUCUGUUUCAACUAGCACCACAUUAACAGACAUUGUUGCAACAACAAGUGAAAGUCAACGAUGUGCGAGUGUCACUGCGACUUCAGUCACAACUUCGUCAAUACCUUCUGGAACAGCAACAUCCACACCGGUCAAAUCAAAAAAUAAUAUUUCGAAAAGCAUUAGUCUGCAGGAAAAAUGGUCCGGUUCUACUCAAAGUACAAACAAUCGCAAUCUAUCCAAAAGUGUAUCUGUUCCGGGAAGUACGAAUGUAGGAACGGUGAAGACGUUAUCAGUCAGCAAAGAUGACGAAAAUACAUCUCCAACAUUACCAACUACAAGUAUAACUAGCACAACCACAGCGACGUCAACAACAACUACUACGUCAGCGGCAACCAUCUCAAAGAAGGAGGCGAAAGCCCUUCGAACUAGCUCGAAAAGUAGUGGAAAACGAAAUUCCAGUAAAAAUGAUAAUGAGCGCAAACGACGAAAUGAUUCGCUGGACCGAAGAAAAAAUCAUGACAGCGUCAAUCACAAAGAACAACCGUCAUCCGAUGAACAACUUCAACAACAAGACUCAGUGGAAGUUUUGCAGAAAGAAGUUUCAUCUGGUGCUGAAGAUCGUUUACAAACUGAUCGUGAGAAGAUAUCUGCUGAAGCAAGAGAGCGUGAGCAACGUGAAAAAGAAGAAGAAUUGAGGUUGAAGCAACGAGAAGAAGAAAGGCGAGAACAAGAACGGCUCGAAAAUGAGUGUAAAGAAAAGGAGGAAAGAAUUCGUCGAGAAGCUGAAGAAAAAGAACGGAAAGAACGGGAGCGAGUCGAUGCAGAGCGAAGACAGCGGGAAGAGCUAGAACGUCGACAACGAGAAGAGCUGGAACGUCGACAUCGAGAUGAAUUAGAAAAACAACAACGUGAAGAGGCGAUUAGGCGUGAAAGAGAAGAAAGUGAACGUCUUGAGAAAGAAAAGCUUGUGUUGGAAGAAAAACUACGUCAGGCUGAGCUCGAUGAAGAAGAAAAUCGUUCGAAGCGGGAAGAAAUUUUGAAACUGGAAGACGUUUCUGAUGUAGAAAUUGAUACAUCUCACGAAUUGAACGACUAUUCGCCGAGCAAAACUCUCACAGCAGAACAACAAUCAUCGAAGGUAUUAAAAGACCAUCACAAUAAGGAGAACGCUCGCAUAUCCCGUGAAAAUACACCAUUCUUCGACACAUCGAAACGUCGCGAAAGAGUAAAUAGUGGAAGUUCACCAGUACGAACGAACUCUAAACGUCGAAUAAGUGAUCCUGACAGCGAUGAUGGUGAAGAAAGCAAGCGCUUCAAGAACAACUCGAUUUCGAGUGAUAAUCGGAAGAUCUUAGACCGCAGAGACUUUAAAGAUCCGAAUCGAUCGUCUGACAAAUCGAAACACCAUCGCCAUCAUAGUAAAAGCAGUAGCUUACAGCCAAAGUCCGGUGACGACAGUCGAUUUGACGAUCGAAAUCGGUACGAUGACCAGCGUAGAAAAGAUCAUGAUCAUGACCGACAUCGUAGCAAGGAUCGACAAGAGAAACACAAAAGUCGUAAAAACAAAGAAGAAAAGGAGAUUUCAAAUCACAUCAGCGACAGUAUGGAAACCAAUGACAAUCGUCUAUCACCCGACAAAUGCUAUCUGGAUCAGGAUGGUCGAUCUAGUGACGAUGAACAUAAAAAGAGGGACAAAAAGAAAUCCGAUGGAAUUGGCGGUCUAUUGGAUGACUCUAAUUAUCGACAGUAUGGCAGUGGUGAAAAUAAAUCGAGCAGAGACGAUAAAAAAUACAAUCGGCACAAUAGUGGUGAUCGACGUGGACGAAACGAUGAUGGGAACGGCAGUCACAACAGCAAUCACACAUCGUCAUCGAAAUCAUCAUCAGAAAGACGAAGCCGCCUACGUAAACAAAAUGCCAACAGUUCGGAUGACUCGGAUUCCGAUGAACCAAAGAAACAUUCCAUUUUCGAUAUACCUGACGAUGGUCCAGCUUAUAUUUCGAUGUAUGACAAGGUUAAGGCUCGAUCGUGCAAGAAUAUGCAGAAACAGGAAGAAGAAAAGAAGAUAAAAGCGAAAUUCAGUCAAUUAAAACAAUGCAGAGAACGGAAGCGUGAAGAGAAGAAACGUUCGAAUAGUUGGGAUGACGAUUCGGAUAGUGACAUCGAUGUGGACCGUCGAAAUAUGAAGAGCAAAUCGAAAGGAUUUAUAAAUACCUCGAGCGAUGAAGACGGUCGACAAUCUAGAAACCAUAAAGAUCACUUCAUGUCUGAUACUGAAUCGGAACCACGACGCUCUAGCAGCAAUUAUCAUCGCAAUCGAUUGAACGAGCUUUGUGAUGGUGAAAGUUCGGAAAACAGUCUGCGCAACAAUAAGCCAAGACGGAAAAUAACUUCUCGAAAGAAUUCUCGGUCGACACGAAUUGCAUCGGAUACUUCGGACGACGAUGGCGGUGUGCUUGGUGAAGAUGAUACGAAACCAAUCAUCGACAAAAUUAAAUUAGAACCGAUUGAAAGUCACUGCGAGUUGGAUGCGGUCGUAAAGGAAGAACUGUCACCAAUUAAAGUGGAGACUGUUCCCCGGAUCGAGAAAGACGUCAAACCUGAUAUUAAAAUGGAAAUCAAAUCUGAAACCAAAGAAGAACCAACCACCGAUUCAUUCGACUUUUCACUCAACUACUUGCCGAGCAAACCUAGUGACGCGAAAGACAGCAUUUUCGACAUUCUCAGUUCGGAACCCAGGAAAAAGCACAAGAAAAAUAAGAAACGCCAGAAGAGUUUGCCAAGCUCUGGAGCUGAUGGAUCGAACCAAGAUCUAACAUUAACAGAGUCAAGCAUCAAACAGGAAAAAUCUCUCACAGAGACUGUUUUCGAUGAACUUAAACGGGAACCAACACAUCAAAUGGUAUUCCAUGAAAAGCGCCGUCAUAGUAGUCGCAAAGACAAGAAGCGUGACAAAUCGAAGGAGGAGCACGAACGAUCAAAGGAAGAGAGAUAUCGUUUGAAAAAGCUGAAGAAACAGGCCAAGUUGUCGUCUGAUUCAUCAGUGUUCGACUCUCAAGAAACUAAUACGUCGAAUGUCACAUCAACUAAACGAGGUGAAAAGAUGGAAGAUAUAUUUGGACCGAUCUCAGACGAUGACUCGCACAUUUCACAUGUGGAAACUGCAAAACCGAACGAUUCGUCAAAUACCUCUUCUACCAAUUAUACGUUAACGAAUAAAGACAACGUCCCAACAAUGUCACUUAUCAGUCAAAUGAGCGCUGAAGUUGUUGCUGAAGUUAAACCAUCAUUAAACGAAAAGGAAAGCCAUAGAGAGCGAAAGAAGGAAAAGAAACGCAAAGACCGAAUGAAGGUAGCACCGUUCGAUGAGAACAGUGUAGAUCUGGACGCUGCUGGUAGAGCACUCGAAGCUCAACUGAUGGCUGAUAGUGAUAUAAAAACCGAAGAAAUUUCGCAAUCGUCUUCGAUAGCUCAUCCGAAACCAUCUACCGAAUCAACAGAUGUAUUUCGCUUCUCCGAUGGCGAUGAUGUUGAAAUUGUGGUUCCUGAAAAGAAAUCCGAACACUCCGAUAGUCAUCGUUCCAAAGAAAAGAAGAAGAAGAAAAAACGUUCCAAAGAUGAAAAACACCAACGACACCAUCAUCACUCGUCAAGCCAUAGCAACAGCUUGAUGUCACCACCUACGACGCCAAGUACACCGAUAUUAACUAUCGAUAUUACUGGUCCGGACACUGCAAAAGAAGACUCAACGCCGCUGUCGAAACAAUCACCCAGUUUACCCUGUUUAUUGGAUGAUAUCCCACCGUUUGCAUCGCCAAGAGAACAGAAACUGAUCAGUCCCAUUCCAAAGACCCCUACAACAACCGUGUCAUCAACGUCAAAAUUACAACUGGAGACACGCAAAGAACCAAAGAAUUUGAUUCCCGGUUUCGGACUGGAUUGUGAUGAGAAAAUUCAUGAAAGUGCAGUACAAUCAAUCUCCACCGAAUAUUCAUCUCCCAAAGCACCCGUGACACCAGAAGUAACGGACGAACCUAAGCCAGAUCCACAAGAAGAGACUGAUGCACCGAAAACCGAUGAAAAAACCGACGAAAAAUCACGCGUCAUAAUUUCACAAGAGGAAACAGAGGAUGCUGUAGCAGCAUUGUUAGGUGAAAGUUUCGGCUCUUCUGCUGAUUAUGGGCCUUUAUAUGAAGCCGAUCCAAUCGUUGAAGAGGAAGUUCAACCGGCUGUGACCUCAGAAUCAGUGAUACCAGAAGAAGAAGCGGAAGAAAUGCGAAAAGCUGUACAGAGUUUGAACAGUGAAGAGCUGGAUAUGAAACCUGACACACCACAAUCCGACAAUGAUCUUCAAAUUGAUACCGACACUGAAGACCAAGACAACGAAGCUGCCAAUGCUUGGGGAAUGGAUCGACCCAAGACUCCUGAUGUUGAUUUGUCGCAGAUUCAAAAGACUGAUGUCGAGAAACCCAACGUAUCUUUAACGUCUUUAACGAAAUCUGUUGCCACCCCAACCACUGUUACUGCUUCGACGACAGUCAUCACAAAAACUGUUCAGGCCGAGAGCAAAAUGCCAUCGCUUGCAACAAUACCAGCUGCAUCGACCAGUGAAACACCGGACACGAAGGCAAUUGUUUCGCCAACAAUCAAACAUCCAGAAACAAACUCCAAGCCAACAAUUGUUGAAAGUCGGGUAGUGGCACCGUCGGUUAGUUCAAGCGUAGUCUUGCAACAAGCACAACCACAAAUUCAAAAACCAGCUACUGUGCGACCGAGAAAUAUCAUAACAACAGCAAAAUCGCAACAGCAGCUCAUAUUUACCACUCAACCUCGUAUGCCGAACUCAGUAUCAGCUCCAGGUUCACCUCGCCAACAACCACCUCGUCAAGCAGUCGCUUCGAUUAAUGCCAUACAGCAGCCAACAACGAUUUCAAUUCCUGAGAAGCAAUACUAUCAGCCAAUGGUAAUGGUUUCGCCAAGGGCUACAGAGCCACGAUCUCAGUCCCCACGUCAAUCGCAACCACAACAAUUUACGCAAGUGGUCAAAUCUGUGACUAGUCCCACGAUAAUUCGACAACAAUCACCAAGACCGUCAAAUACGACUCAUGUUGUAGUGCAGCAAAGGCAAAUUAUGUCACCGACAAGCAGCCAACAGAAGCCUGUACAGCCUACAGUGGUUAUGUCAUCAUCUCCAAACAUUACAACCAACAUUGUGCUGAAUAGACUAGCUGUAACACCGGUUUUGGCGCCUAUAUCCUCGAAGCCUCAGCAAAGUACAAGCGUUGUGCUUCCACAGCCAAAUGUGGCACAGCCUUCUCAUAAUUUGUCAUCCACGAAGCCUGUAUCGAUUUCGAUAUCAAGUCCAAACUUUAACAAAUCCGUGGUUACACAAGCAAACAGUGAAGGUCAACAACAUCAAAACCAUAUUUACUCAACUGUCCGAGUGAAUCAAAUACUGCCCCCGAGCACACAGUCAACCAUUCAAGUGGGAGGAAAAGUUGUACAGCCCCAGCAACACGUCCAACAGUCACCGAACAUUUCCAUGCCUAGUAGUCAAUCGAAGCCUGUGGUUGUUGACAAUAAGACUCAAAAAUCAGUUAUUGAGCAACGUGUUCAGUUUAAGGGCCAAAAUGUGAUUUCCAUUGGCACUCCUCAGCAGACCCAACAACGCAAUUUACCUCCACAGUUGCAACAGCAACAAUAUAAGAACCAACCACCUCAGCAAAUUCAAACUAAGCCAACGCAUCAGGUCAUUCAGCAGCAAACACCGGCAAUGAAGCAACAAACUCAACCACAAACAGUGACACAACAUUCAUCACAAAUUGUGCAGUAUCAACAACAACAAAAUCAACAACCUAAAGUGCAACAACACUGGCUUCAGAAACGCACUGUACCAAUGAGUGUGCCCCAGUCGCAAGUAUUUGUUCAACAACAGUCGCCCAUUUCUAACAAGCAAGUUCAAGUGUCAACCACCUAUGUGCACCAACCGUCUACACAGUCUCAACAACUGCAAUACAAUCAACCUAUGACUGUAGGUCCACGGGCACAAAUACGACCACAAAUACAAAUAGUGAACAAAUCGAAACCGGUUGGAAUAGUCGUUCAAAACCAGCAAAUGAGUCCCAUUCAAAGUCAUCAACAUCGACAACCACAAAUUACGCAACAGGCACAGCUGCCGUCGCAACAACAACCGCAAAUAGUUUACCAACAAAUACAACAGCAGAACUUACAGCAUACUCCGACGAAGCGUAACAUUCAGUCAGAUAAUUCGAAUACGCCAUCGACGGCAGUUUUGAGACGAGAACCUUACAAUUCACAAGUCACCGUAUCAACUGAAAAAUCGCAGCCAUUGCCAAUGAUUGGAUCUAAGCCUGAUCAAGAGCUAACGGAGACGAGAAUUACACCAGAACCGGUAGUAGCUGUUGAAACGAAAACUGAAACAUCCGAAUCCACUGUAUGCACAACUGCUAAGCCAGAUGAUGUACCGAAACAGCCGGACGUGAAGCCUGCUGCCGAAAGCAUUGAAACUUCAUCCGUUAUUAAGAUGAUUACAACAUCAGAACCAUCUACUUCCACAACGGUAAAAUCUGUAUCACCAACCGAACCGCCAGUACAAUCGUUGUUGACAGAAGAAAACGUGACCAAACUGUCCAAUCCUAAUGUCGAGUAUCAAAUCGAACAAGACUCAAAGGAAGACAGCGACUACUGGUCAGCAAAGGAAGUUAACAUUGAUUCGGUAAUCAAGAAAGUUGAUGCUUUAUGCUCAGCCGACAGAGAAUCCAUACCUACUGUUGACUUGGACAAGGCAAGUGAAGAAACCGUUGCAACACCAAAAUCGGACGAUAACCUUUCCGAUCAUGCCGAUAAAAUGGAAAAAGAUGAAGAUGAUUACGAUGAAGGUGUGGGCAAUUUGGACUCAAAAGUUUUGAGCAACGACGACAGGAAAACUAUCAAAAAGGCUAGAAGUGCUCGAGGUGGUCGUAAAUCACUCAGCGAACACAUCAAGGCAAGUACAGGAAGCGAAGAAAAUGUUGCAUCUCCAGACCCUGCCCCAUCGUCAGUUCAGGCUUCAGGUGUUCAAACACGCCGUGGUGGACCCAAGGCCAAUGCAAAGCGUUCCCGAGGAGGAAGAGUUAGUACGUCAAAACCAAGCGGAUCAACGCGACAAGCUCAACCGGCUACUGUGUCCGAACGGAUGAGUAAACCACGUAAUCAAAACUCUGAAUCAGACAUUUACGAAUUCCACGAAGAUUCAGGUGAAGAAGCAGCAAUUGUACCGGAAACAACUGAAACAACGAUAAAACCAGUCGACGGAAAUCGACCCCGAUUGAUAUUAACGAUCAACAAAGGUCAAGGAGCAGUACAAGCAGUGACACAAACAACCGUAGCAAGUACUGUCGCUCAACCAGCUGUACUUCCGGAAGAACCGCCAAAACCUACAGUUACUCCAGUUUCAGUAGUAGUUAGUUCAUCGGCUAAUACAACAACCAACACCAUUUCAUCACCAGUACAAUCAAACAUAGCUAAUGCCAAUGUCCAAACUGUUCAACAACCAGAUGCAGUUAAUAAAGAUGAUUUCACAGCUCCACAAAUAGCUGCAAGCCUUCGAAAGAGUCGUCGUCUUUUGGAACGGGAUGGUUCUCGUAGCACGGUCGAUGACAUUAUUGAAGACGUAGUGAAAAAUCUACCUCCAGAGCAGAAAGCAUUGCUUCCGAACCAAUCAUCUGGCAUGACACCUCCCAGAAGAUCAACACGAAACACCAGCCAAACUGGUGGCAAACAGCAAAUAACACCGGAGAAAACUGUGGGUGUUGUUGACGUUCGAAAGUCGCCUAGAGCCAAUCGUCGCACAAAGGAUAGAAAGGAUUCGUACACAUCGGCCGACAGUAGUGAUGAAAAAUCGAGAACAGACGAAAAGAAAGGAACUCACGAAAUUAGUGAAUCUGUGCACGACAACAAAAUUGAAGCUGCUAAAGAUUCAAAACCGACUGAUGUUUCGGAGAGUGAUGAGGCUAUGGAGAAAGAAACAAAAGCUGUGGAAGUUGUUAAAAAAGUAGAAGAACUGGAAACGAAAGUGGAGCCGAUCUCAACUUCAAAAGCAACCGUGUCAACAGAACCAGCUAUCGAGUUCUCCUCAGCUGUUAAAAAAAUUGAAGAACCAUCACCCGAACCAAUCAUAAAGUUAGAGAAAAAGAAUAACGAAAAAUCCAUGGUACUAUCCAAAUCGGAAUCGGCAGUUGAACUUGACCCUGUUACUGGUAUUCUGACUGUCGUUCAAGAAGGACAGGCAACCGCAGCGCCAGUCGUGGUAAAAGAGCCACCACCAACACCUAAGCCAUCAGCAAUUGCAACUAAAGAAAUAAUUCCAGCGAAAGUAAUUUUGGAUCCAGUAACUCCGAUUUCCUCGAAAGUGUCUAGUCCAAUACCAGCGAUUCCAGUAUCGUCAGCACCGAUUACGAUUAGCGCAAUAAAAACGACUCAAGUUGUCGCCGCACCACCUCAGCCAAUGAUUUCAAAACCACCACAGCCAACGAUUGUAACUACCCAAUCAGCAAUUGUGCCGCUGGGAACGACAAUUGUGCCUAAACAGCAAAUUUCACCUCACCCACUAAAAUCGCGAGUUUUGAAUGCUACAGUUCAAAUGAAUAAGCCAGUGCUCCAACCGAAUCCAAAUAUACUAAAGGCAGGUAGUGGUGCUACGAUCAGUCCUUUACCGAAUGCAGCCAACUCCCAGCAAGUGAUAAUGACAAAUGCCAUCGUUGGUCCAUCAAACCAGUUACAAACAUUACAGCAAAUGAGUGUUCAUACGACUAAUUUGCCUCGAACCGGUUCGCCAAUCGUAAAUCAACACACCCACAAUUUGCAAGUAAAUGUUCAAUCGAGAGGAACACCCAGUCCCAUUGGAUCGGCUCACUCGCCUCGCAUUCAGACUAUGACACAACAGAAGAUCGUUCACCAGCAACCGACUCUACAAACCAUACACGUUCAGCAGAAGCAACACCAUCCGUCUACCAUUAUUUCGCAAUCGCCUUCGAUACAGCACCACCAGCAACAAAUCAUUCAUGCUGGUAAAAUACAAUCAGGCCUUCAGGCAUUACCCAUGAGCGGAUAUCCGAAUGUAGUCGCCAGCGGAGCAAAACAUGCCCCACCACAACAGCAUGUUGUCAAACAUCACCCUGGCCCAAUUCAACUGCAACAUUCGAACAUACAUCCACAACAGAAGCACCAAUUGAAUCAAGCGGUUGUAACGCAACAACACACGACAGGCACAAAGCAAACAGUCCAGUCAUCGAACCAAUUGCCGUUAAUACAUCAACAACAGUCAAACAAGAUCCAUCAGCAGACAAUUCAACAGGCUGGUGCCUCACAGCAUAUUAUGCUGUGCGCUUCGUCAAAUGUUGUUCAGCAAAUACAACAGCAGCAAAGUCCUUCGAUUUCAAAGUCAGGCUCUCAUCAUCAAAUACCGCCGACCGGUGGCAAGAGUGUGAUUGGAUUGCAUCAAGUACCGCAAAUAAUGACGGGAGCUGUAGCCAGUCCACCGUUAAAGCAGUCACACUUAAACAGUCAACAACCAAUUGUUACCGGUGCGAGCAGUUCACGUGUAAGCGUACCGCCGAUCAGUCCACAAGGUCAACGGACACACGUUUUACAGCCUGGUUUACCUGUACCCGCAUUCGAAGCGAAUUUGCAUGGAGAAAUUAGUGGUUUCGGUAGUGGACGAAUACAAAGUCCACCGCCUGCACACCAACAAGCGUCACCAAUAACACCGGGCGACGGUACAUUCUCGUCAGUUCCGAUCCGACGCGAUUACUUUAUGUAUCAGGACCGAUAUGGUAAUGUCAUGGGUCACGCGGGUCAUGGAUCUCGGAUAUCAUCAUACAUACGAAGAUCGCCCAUACUACCCGGAUCGGCUGAACAUAAGGAUGUUGCUGAUAUAGACGAACCUUUAGGAACAAGUCCUCCUCUGGAAUUACGUCGUCCGACUAGUGCACCACGUGCAACUAUUGCUAUUCCACAUAGCUUACAAAGUCCUCAAGAUCGAGAUUCACCGCAAGCUGCGCAAGUGUACGGUACUCGUAUACCACAUCCAGCACACUUCCCAGCCGACGUCAGGUUCUUCGAUAAUAGUCGUGCAAUAACUGGAACCGAACCACCGCCAGCACAUCGUUCGCAUGGUGUAGUAACACCAUCUCCAGCUUCGUCAUAUACAACUCAAUCAUCGUCACAAUCAAUUGGUAUAGUAUUACCUCACGCUCAUGAUAAAUCAAUAGACCAACGUGAAAGAGACAAAGAGCGGUCGUCUAUACCUGGUAAGAUGAGAAGACCAGGAAGUAUGCCUAGCCAUGGUAGUCUUGUACCAGCUAUGGCUACACCAACUGGCCGUAUACUCCAAGUAGCAACGCCACCGCACGCUAGUCAAGUUCCACCGCAAGCGGAUUCACUUCUAAUGCUCUUGCAACGCUAUCCGGUUAUGUGGCAAGGAUUGUUGGCUUUGAAGACGGAUCAGGCAGCCGUUCAAAUGCAUUUCGUAUUUGGAAAUCCGAAUGUGGCCAGUGAUUCGUUGCCGUGCAAUAGCGAUGGUUCAACGCCGCCGUUACGAAUUGCACAACGUAUGCGAUUGGAACAGACGCAGCUGGAGGGAGUCGCUAGAAAGAUGCAGACUGUCAACGAACAUUGUAUGCUGUUAGCGUUGCCAUGUGGCCGCGAUCAUAUGGACGUACUGCAACAAUCAACGAAUCUUCAAACCGGUUUCAUCACCUAUUUGCAACAGAAGCAGGCCGCAGGUAUCGUAAACAUUCCUGCACCAGGUAGCGAACAAGCCGCUUAUGUUGUGCACAUAUUUCCAUCGUGUGAAUUUGCAAAUGAGAAUUUGGCUCGAAUUGCUCCCGAUUUACUGCAUCGGGUUGCCGAUAUAGCUCAUUUGUUGAUUGUGAUUGCGACGGUUUAAUUGGCCCUGUGGGGGGGGCGAGUGCAUGAAGAUUUAAGAAAUGUGUAACGACGAUCAUACACAUCAACAAUGAAUUGGACAUAUUAUUUACUCACGGAUUUGACAAUAUAAUGAAAGACCGAAGACGAAACAAUUUGGUUUUUGAAUUCGGAAACAUUAAAACAUUUGAACGGAAAAGAGAGAAAAUGUUUUCGUAUUUUUGAGACAUCAUAAACAACAAGAAAAUUACGAAUCACGGUAUACAUGGAAUAUAUAAAUAAAUGUAAAUAACGUAGCUUAUAGAUCGCUCAUAUUUAAUAAGUAAAAUUAUUUAUUGUUUUGAUCUCAAAGAAACAUUUCUUCUUUAAAAAAGGGAAAAUUUUUUGUUUAUUUUCUCCGCAUCUUUCUCUCGGAACAAAAGGAAAAAAAACUUAAAUUGAACCAUCAUCCCCAUAGCGCAUAAACAUUCAUUCGUCAAAACUUUAUAUAGUUUUGGACUGUCGUCAACCAAUUGAAUAUUCCGACCGCAUUGUUUAAAUCUAAAUUGACAAUUAAACACACCAACCGCCAAAAUCGAUGUGUGGAAAUUUUCAAUUUAAAUUUUUUAUUAAAAAAAAAGACAAUGAAGUCACUGGCGACAAUUCAACAACUAUAUGCAAGUUUGCGGAUUAUUAUUGGUUAAUCCUGUCAUUUUCUCAUUCAAACGAACGUUCUGUAAAAUAACUAUUUUUUAUUCAUUUCAUCUAUCAGUCUCCCAUCGGUCGUUUUUAAUUUAAUGCUUACAAAAAAUGGCGCACUUUAAGUGGAAUAUUUGAUAAAGAAGAAGAAGAAGAAGACGAAUGAUUGGAGAAAAUAAGAUAAUAACAAACAAAAAUUGAAUCCAAAUUCAGUGUAAAGAUAAAACGUGUAAAUAGUUUAAAAAAUGAAAACAGAGAAAUUAAACAAGAUUUUUAAUAUAAAUGAAACUGAUGAAUUAAUGAAUUAAGAAGAAGAUGAAAGAGGAAGAGAGAGAGAAAUUAUUGAAAAUAAUAGAAACGGGAAACUUAAUUUGACUUUUUUUUUGUUUUUGUUUGAAAUUCGUUCCAUUUAGUUUGAUUAGACACAGUUCAUAACAAAUAUUAAAUCAUCAAUUUUAAUGCGAAUUCCCCAUACUACCACACCCAUCCAUAUCCAAUAACAUUCUUCUUUUUUAUUCGAUAGAUUAGAAAAGAACUGAAUUUCAAAAAGGAUACAUUUUUCGUGUUAUACAGGCGGAUGAUAAUAAGAAGUCACAAUUACAAUCCUAACUUACACAUUUUCACGGAAUUUUGAAAACCGACACUUUUUCUGUUUCUCUUGAGUUACAAAAUGCCCACAAAACAUAAACUGUGUCGGUUUUCAAGAUUCCAUGUGUGUCCAUUACCAAUGUGAAGAUAUUUACGUUUAGGUAUUAUAACGUGGAUAUUGUGGAAUGAAAUAACAUCAAUUGGAUUGUAACUUCUUUAUUGUCUCCACCUGUAGAUUUCCGAAUGAAGA